GAUUUAUGGAUUCGAUGAGAUGAGAUAAAAGGCCGACGUGACGUGACAGUUGGUACGCAGAUCCCAGUUUAUCUUCCACGGCACAACUAGUCUCUUCCAACUCAUAUUGAAAAUGAAGUCUGUAAUUGUGAGCCUGUCAUUGUUGAGCUUGUUGGUCGUCGUUUCGGAGGCGUGGUUCCUCAAUCUCAAGUCCGGCAAAUCUGACACAGCAGAAAAAGUGAUGUCACCACCAAAUUCACGUAAAGUCAUUCUGGUAGCCAAGAAGGUCUACGUUCCGAUGUACGCGUCUGACGACACGACCUCGGCAGUUGCCGACCGACUUCUGCCCAUCUCUCCCGCACUGACAUCUUCUGAUGGAACUGUGAUGACGGAAGGACGCCAACAGCCAAUGGCCGUCGACUAUUCCAGCUCGAUGUAUCUUCAACCUCCUCCAGUUGCAUCAUACGCCAUGUACGCCCCCGCUUCAGCUAACGUGGCUGCCGCUUACGCAGCUCCUGUCCAGUUCCCUGCUGUUGUUGCUGACCAGGGUGUUGGACCCCAACAAUAUGCCGUUUAUCCCGUUGGAUACGGAGCUGCUGGCCCACAGUUCUACCAAUACGCCGCUGCCCCGCAGAUGUCUGAUGGGACUUGGGUGAUGCAGUACGCCGGAGCUGGAGAUGCUGUUGCUGCUGGUGCGCCUUACUCGCUAGCAACAGAAAACGACAAAGAGACAGUUGCCGAUGGAUCUGCAGUUCCGGUUCCAACCGAAGCGUAUGUGAAUGUUUGACUGCAGUGAUCGCGUGCAUUUUUAAAUCUCUAAUCCAACCAAAAUCUAUUUUAAUGUAUAAUAAUUGACACGAUGGACAUGAAUGAUUGCUGUAAGUAGCAAACGUAUAAAUGUAAAUGACACAAUAAAAUCUCGAUGCCUUUUAUC